GCCAACAGACAGAACCCGCCUGCCCCCUCACCAUCCGCAUCCGCCGCUACGAGUCCAAGGCAGCGAGGCCGUACCUCUACCCAAGAAACCAGCGUGCGUGUCGAAUCCGGCUCUCUACACCAUGUCCGGCAGCCCCGCCAGCAAUCCCGCUCCGGCAUUGGCUCAUCGCCCACUCCCUCACCACGAGGAAGAAGAUGUCUGUCGUGUGUGUCGCUCCCCAGCGACACCGACAGAGCCUCUCUUCCACCCUUGCAAGUGCUCCGGGUCGAUGCGCUAUGUCCAUCAGAAUUGCCUUGAAGAAUGGCUUGCUGUAAACGGACGGAGGAAACAAUGCGAGAUCUGUGGCCACUACUUUUCCUUUACCCCAAUCUACUCCGAUGAUGGACCCGGCAUCCUUUCGACCGGGUUUGUCAUGAGCGCCAUCGCCAGGAAGAUAUUUGCGUGGUCGUAUUUCGUUGCCCGGACGAUCAUCGCUCUGGCGCUGUGGGUCGUGUUCGUCCCGUACUUCACCAUCUGGGUGUGGCGGCUGUACUUCCAGCCAUCGUCGCUGCUGGAUGGCUAUGCCGCUGCUACGACCAACGGCAUCAUUGCGUCGGUACGACUGUGGGCCAACGGCACAUCGGAUCUGACGGGAUAUGAAGCUGGUCGCCGGGACGUCUUCCGAAUCCCCGUGUUUGGCUUUCCUCCCCACGAUGAUUCAAGCGUUCAGCAUCCAUACUUUUGGAUGGAGUACAUAUGGAGCUUCCUUGUCGACGUCUUUGAAGGCCAGGUUCUGACAAUGAUCGCGAUUCUGAUCGGCGUCGCUCUUCUCUUUAUCAAAGAGUAUAUUGCCCUGCACACCCACAACGAGCGCGUCAACGAGGCCAACCGAAACAUCGAAAACCACCGAAGAGUGCAAAUGGAUCUUCCGGCCGAGGUGGAUUUCCAACAGCCGGUGCGCGAAAUCCCACCGCCGCCCAACCCGGCCGCUCCGCCCCGCCGAUUCGGAGGACAUUUUAGAGCAGCAACGGACCAGCAUGGUCCGUUAGAGGUUGGCGACCAGGAGACGCAGGUGCGAGCCCACCGACCAUCUUUGGAUACGCUCCGCGUCGGUGAUUCCGAGCCUGGGUCACCUCGAUCCCCAACAGGCUUCCACCGCGAUGGCUUGCUCGAUCCAGUUCGUCUGCACAGUCUCCGGCAGGAGCUUGCUGAUCUGCAAAACCAGUACGAUGCAAGUGUCCAGGCCCCCAACGACAACGAUGACGAUGAUGAUGAUGUGGCCGCCAUCACACGCCAGCGCUUUGAGAAUCGUAUUGCUGAGAUUAAGAGGCGGCUUCGCUCCCACGACCUGGCCUACGAGAUCGAGAGACGCGCAAUGCCCCGCGGACGAGUAAAUCCGCCAGGCGACAUCCGAGACGAAGCCUGGCCCCUCAAAAAUGCCCAGCGCCAGCGACUGGAGCUGCAGGCCCAUUACGAGCGGUAUGGUCUCGACCUGAAUGCCGAUAAUCUUGAUGAAUCCGGCCCAGGCUCAAGCUCGGGCGGGGGCUCUCGGUCGUGGCAAACGGCUCAAUCGUCCUACUGGAGUCGAAUCGUUGAGCCUCGCGGCUCGUCGUCGCAGUACGCUCCGCCUCAACUGCCUGCUGGCCGCGUGCCGCUCUCUCUUGGCUCGACGAAGGGCAAAGAUCCCCUUGAGAAACACGGCUCACCCGACCCUAGCGCCGACCCACAGUCACAAACGGCCUCCAUUCCCUCUGGAAGUACGGCAAGCAGCCAAGACCUUGCGAUCGAAGGCGAGCCUCAGCCUGGCCUUGCCGCCGAUGAGGCUGUUGAGGAUCCCUAUCAUGGCCCUCCAGCCGACAAGGUCUUCUUGGAAGAUUACUACGCGGAUGGCCUGCUUCAAGACAACCCCACCAACAGCCAUGUCAACAUUGGUGGCCGGUCCGAGGGAGACGGUGGGCCCUCUGGCAGCAAUGCUAUUGCCGAUAGCACUAUUGACGACCAGGACGCAAGUGGCGAACCUGCCAAAGGCGAUGCUGGAGAUGAUGCUGGAGAUGAUGCUGGAGAUAAUGCCGAAGACUCAAACGGAGGCCCCGAAGUCCCCAAUGACGAUGCCGAGCAGUCCGGACACGAGGAUGAUAUGCCAACUGGCAGUCCAAACGGCGGUGAUGAUAAGGGCAAUAGCGACGACAGAGGCGAUGAUGAUGUGCAUCAGAGUGACCAUGAGGACAAUGCCGAUGAUAACGACCGUGGCGCCAAAGAAGACGCAGAUGACGAUGCUGAAGACGAUGUUAACGACGAUGCAGAUGGUGGUGCCGAUGACGAUGUUGACGAUGAUGUGGAUGGUGACGAAGGUGCUCCCGACCGCAAUAGUGAAGCCGACAAUGACGAAGCUGGCGAUGGAGAAGCCGACGACGACGACGAUGACGUCGAGGAAAACGACUCCCAAGCUGACGGCGAUGACGAAAUAGAUGGAGACGAUGACGAUGAUGAUGAUGACGACGACGAUCACGAUGGCGAUGAUGAUCAAGACGGUGUCGAUGCAGACGAUGAAGCUGGCAGUGCCGCCUAUUCUCGGAGCAAAGGCAAACAGCCUGCGACCUCGGCCGCGCUUGAAUCAAGCCUCGUCUCCAGCAAGCCGUCCUCCAGCGAAAGUGAGGAUUCCGACGCCGAGGGCCGUCGCCCUGAGUUGCUUGACCACCGACUGCCGGCCGAGCGCGCCCAUUUCCGUCGCCGUCGCGGCGCCCCUUUGUCCAGCCCUAGUGCCGAUAGUGGCGCCGUGACCAGCACUUCUCGGGUCCAUGCUUCCUCGCGGGAUCGUCCCGAGCGAACUUUUUUUGGCGACGACGAUCGCGCCAGUUAUCGUCGUGUCAACCGUGAGGCCAUCCCAGAUCGGCCACAGCCUCUGCCACCCAACAUCCAGGCACUCGUGCAUCCGGCGCCCCCUCGUAUCCCGGGCGAGCCGCAGCGACCCAUUCAGAUCAACCGACCAGCGAUUCUGCGACAAGAGCCACAGCCUGUCGAUAUCGAUGGAGAAGCCGCAGCCAAUGUCAACGUCAACCUGAACGUCAACAUGGACGGCGGCAACAUCGAGGCCGAGAUCAAUCUCAACGGCGACGUUGUAGCGGUGCUGGAGCUGAUUGGUAUCCAGGGACCCAUCCGCCUGCUCUUCCAGAACGUUGUGAUGGUCUUGUUCAUUAUCGUCAUUGGCAUGAGCAUUGGCGCAUGGAUUCCCCAUGUGGUCGGCUCGCUGAGCUACUACUUCUUCAAGGAGGUGUACACUCCAGCCGUUGGAUACGCCGUUGCCACGGUCACCGAGGUGCUGCAGCUCUUAACCGACCCGAUUCUGGACCCGACGCUGGACUUUUUGAUCUCAACUGUGAAUGCCACGGUCGAGAGCACCAAGCCGUUCCUGGAAAGCCAGCCGGUGCUGAGCUGGAUGGAGUGGGUCCGCAACACCACGGGCUUUGUCGACGGACUGAACGUGACGCUGGCAAGCGAGACGAGCUUGGCGAUCAACGCCACCGACAGCGGCCUCUUGGUCCUCCCGUGGAACUUGACCUCGCUACUUGCCCCUUUCACGGCGAUGUUUGGAGACUCGCUGGCCAAGAAUGCCACGCUGGCGCCCGCUUCUAUCGCAGCGGCCGUAAUCCCGCUACUUGUUCCAGCCGAUCCGGCUCAGAAUCCCCACAAUGUCACCUACACUUCUCUCAAGUGGACCGGAGACCGGCGGGAAGAUGCCUCGCCGCAGCUCAAGCGACUGCUCAUGCUUGUAUACAACGCUCGUGAAAUCCUGGCGAUCCGGCGCAAGGGCCAAGUCUCAUACCGCAAGAUGGUUCACGAUUUGUUUACGACGGGCAAGAUCCCGGACGGGUUAUUCUACAUCGGGUUGGGCUACUUUACGAUCGUGAUGGUCGUAUUGCUCUAUAUCCGCAUUGCUGGCCUGAACAACCAUCGAUACUUCAUCACCAUCUCGACUCUGCUCCACAAAAUAUCAGUGACUGCGAUAAGCAGUGUCAAAUUUGCAUUCUUCAUCAUCAUGGAGCUGGCUAUCUUCCCGUUUUUCUGCGGUUGCGUCAUCGACCUGUGCACCCUGCCUAUCUUUGGUCCGGCCGCGACGGUGGCUUCGCGCCUCAUGUUCUUCCACAACUAUCCCUGGACGUUCCGGUUUCUGCACUGGCUGGUCGGAACGACGUUCAUGUUCCAGUUUGCGCUCUAUGUGACCUCCGUCCGCGAUAUUGUGCGCCCCGGCGUCAUGUGGUUCAUCCGUGAUCCAAACGACCCACAGUUCCACCCCAUGGCAGACAUCUGGGAGCGCCCGUUCCUGACACAGCUCCGGAAGCUGGCUGUCGGGACGCUCAUGUACCUGGUCAUCAUGAUCGGGGGCAUUGGCGGCUUUGUUGGGCUGAUCUUGGUCGCUCAGCCCAAGAAGGGCGUUGCCAGGCUGAUCCCGGCCAAGCUGGAUAUGAACGAGCCCCUUUCCGAGUUUCCAUUUGACCUCUUGAUUUUCCACUUUGUGGUGCCGUGGCUGAUCUCGAUGCUCAAGCCCAAGCAGAAGUUCCAGAAGCUUGUGAAGCUGCUCUACCGGAAAGGAGCGCGCAUGUUGAGGCUGAGCAGUUUCAUGUUUGGCGAGCGUUACCGCGACGAAGAGACCGACUACGAGGACAAUGCCGAGGGACUCGACGAGGAGGAAGCGGACAUGACCCAGACCCGAUACGUCGAUGACGAGGAUGCACUGGAAUUCGCCGAGGCCCAGGACGAGCGCAACGGUAUUCCUCUGGCUCGCAAGCGCAGGGGCCGGAGAGCUGGCACUCGGCUACAUCCCGGGCCAGUCCGCGAGCUUCGAUACAUGCGGGUGCCGAACCAUGACCACAAUGAGGUCCUGCCCAAGCAAAAGAUGAUGAUACCACUGCGGGCAAGCGAUCCCGUCAUUGGCCGUGUCAACGAGUCGGACGACGAGCGGCGGGCGAACUGGACCAAGGUCUACGUGCCCGACAUGUUCAAGUGGCGGCUGUCGAUCUUCCUUGUCCUCCAAUGGAUCUGGGGCGAGGUCUUUGGGCUCCUGGUCGUCGGACUUCCAUUGAUCGCCGGUCGUGCUUUCUUCAUGAUGAUCCACACGUUUAUGACAUCGAUCGAUCCUGGAAGCACCAUCACCCUCUCCGCAUCACAUUUUUCCUUCAACGCCACGCUCCCGUUUGCGAACCCGGCGGCUUUCGUGAGCGCCCCAAAGCCAGGCCACAAAGUUGCCCGACCCGAUUUGCCUGUCCACGAUCUGUAUGCGUUUUGUGCUGGAUGCUUCAUCCUGAGUGCAAUCUACCUGCCUUUGGCGGCCAUCUGGCAUCACGCUCGACGCCGUGGCCGACUGCAGCGACGGCCCUCCAUUAUCCGCCGAGCAUCGGUGCACGGACACGGACAUGGACAUACCGAUGAGCAAGCCGAUGCAAGCACAAACUGGAUGCAGGAAGCGUGGGCGAGUGCGACGCAUUACCUCAAGACCGAGGUCGCGGCCGUUGUCAUGACGAUCGCCAAAGUGGUGUUCCUAGGAGUAUCCGUGUGUGUUGUGCUGCCUCUGAUGCUUGGCCUCCUGAUGGAGCUGUACAUCCUUCUCCCGCUCAAGCUCAGCCGCGCGGGGUCGCCCGUGAUCUUCCUGUUCCAGAACUGGGCUCUGGGUGUCCUUCACCUCAAAAUCCUCCACACCAUUGUGUUGCUGGGGCCGGAAACGCAAUACCAGCGUGCUCUGAACCAGGCCCAGCAGCAAGGCAUCCGCCGAACCCCAUUCGUGACAUUUUUCGCGCUGGUGUCGAUCGUCGCUGGAAUCCUCGCGGUGAUGACCGUCGGACCCGCAAUCCUGGGCAUUGUGAUUGAAAUAGCCUUUGGGCACAUGCAUGGGUCGGUACAUCCAGUCUAUCUGCGCAUGACGUUCCCGGUCGUGUUCGCUGUGAAGGCAACCUUGGACACGGCCAAAGCGGUAUACCAACGAGUGCAGCGCUGGAUGGAGGAGAUGCGCGAUGAAGAGUUCCUCGUUGGACGGCAGCUCCACAAUCUCGACGACGGCAUUGCAGCGACCGAAACAAACCCACCCCAGUAACGGGCGGGAUCGGUCCAGGAUAAGCCGUCGGCACAGGAGCUGAGGCGGUGCGUUUUUGAUGAGAUCGGGAUCGGACUCUGUCGUUCUCCUGGCAAACCAUAUCACCGUCGAAAGUCAUCUAUUGUUCACCCAGGUGGACUCACACCUUGGACUCACACCUUGGACUCGGAUGAGCAAGCUCCACCAGGCGGGCUGCUCGUUUCAGGCAUGUCAUCUUCAAGUCAGGGCCGCUGCUCUUUCUGGAUCCUGAAUACACAAUCUAGAAUCGCAAUGCCAA